AUGUCCUCUGGUGGUCUCGUAUCUGCUCUCUCUGGAUUCAAAAAGUCGCUCAGUUUCACGUGGAUUGGCUGGCCUGGAUUCUUCAUUCCGCCUAAAGACAGACCGCUCGUAGACAAACGACUGAUGGAGGAGUAUUCAUGUCAGGCCGUUUAUCUGGAGGACGACCUCGCUGAUCGUCAUUAUAACGGUUUUUCGAAUUCUAUCCUUUGGCCACUUUUCCACUAUCAUCCCGGAGAGAUGAACUUUGAUGAAGAGAACUGGCUGGCGUAUCGUCAAGCGAACAUGCAGUUUGCGGAGGCUGUUCGGCAACAAAUUACACCAGGAGCGAUGGUCUGGGUGCAGGAUUAUCAUCUCAUGCUCCUUCCGAUGCUUCUCCGGGGUCUUAUAGAUGGCAAUAAAGCUGGCGGAGAAUAUACGGUAAAUGAAUUGCACAAAAUAACAGAGGGAAUUGAAGGUGAAGAUCCCACAAUAACUAAGGAAAAGGUGCCGGGAAUCAAGAUAGGAUUCUUUCUCCAUACCCCAUUUCCAAGUAGUGAGAUCUACAGAAUUCUUCCCGUUCGACGCGAAAUCCUUCUCGGUAUACUGUAUUGUGAUCUCAUAGGUUUCCAUACCUAUGAUUAUGCUCGUCACUUCUUGUCAUCGUGUACACGUAUUCUCGGGCUCCCUACUAUGCCCAAUGGUGUUGAGUUUGAGGGCCGCAUGGCUCACGUUGGCACUUUCCCGAUUGGUAUAGAACCUGGCUCUUUUGUUGAGAACCUCAAAAAAGAGUCGGUGAAAGCGCGAAUUGCCGCACUCGAGCAGCGGUUCCAUGGCAUGAAAGUCAUUGUUGGUGUUGACCGAUUGGACUACAUUAAGGGAGUUCCUCAAAAGCUUCAUGCAUUGGAGCUUUUCCUUUCUCAACACCCGGAAUGGAUAGGCAAAGUCGUGCUAGUUCAGCUCGCCGUUCCCUCACGUCAGGACGUUGAAGAAUAUCAGAACCUUCGAUCUAUUGUGAACGAACUGGUUGGUCGUAUCAAUGGACGCUUUGGGACCGUUGACUUCAUGCCGAUUCACUUCAUGCACAAAAGCUUGCCCUUCGACGAACUUUGUGCGUUAUAUGCCGUCUCUGACGUGUGUUUGGUGACCAGUACUCGUGACGGUAUGAACCUAGUUUCUUACGAAUACAUCGCUUGCCAGCAAGCCCGCCAAGGUGUCAUGAUCCUAUCCGAGUUCGCCGGCGCCGCACAAAGCCUUAAUGGGUCGAUUGUUGUCAAUCCAUGGGAUUCUCAGCAAGUUGCGGACGCUAUACACGAAGCUGUGAUUAUCGAUGCCCCUACGCGCGCUGAAAACCAUAGAAAGCUGUUCAAGUACGUGAAUAAAUACAGUGCGGCGUUCUGGGGAACGAGCUUUAUUAAAGAGAUGACUCGCAUCAAACCUGGGGAUGUGGGUAAGGAAAAGGAAGGACAGGCGGUGUUGACAGCGAAAGGUGAGGCAGGAGGGUUCGGACAUUCCGUUCCAGGGCCUCCCUCCAUCAAGGCAUAG